GUUUGCUUCACAUCCCGUUAUGUUUACCAAUUUAAGUGUGUGUGUGUGUAUGGUCACAUAUACAUAGGGAGGGGUGAUCGUGAUCUCAAAAUUAGGAUGUGUAAACAUGUACCUAAAUGUUUGCAAAAACAAAUAGAAUCAGAUGACCCAUCCUCUAUUGCCAAACACAUCAUUGAAAAAAGUCAUAAGAUUGAUCAUAACUCGGUUUUUGUAUAGUGUUGUACAAAAGUUCAAAAGGGCGUAUGCUAAGGUUUAUUUAAGCCUUAGCCAUAAGAAAAUUCAACCCCCCUCUGUGUAUUCAAAAACAGUUUGUUCUCAACAUAAAUCUACCCUUGUAAUGUUAGCUAAUUAUCCAGAGUGUUGAGGUUUCAAAUUGUUUUUACAUUAUUCACAUUAUCCUUGUCUUCUCUUACCUUCCAUUUCGAAUCUAGUUGACCUUAGCAUUUAUAUAAUAUGUGAUCAGAUUGUUCGAAAUGUAUUGCGCUAAUAUAUCGUCACAUAGUUCCGAUAAUGUUCAUCUUAUUACAUUAUCGAAAUUUAUCAAAGGUACUAAUUACGUUAAAUUGAUUAUUAAGAACAGACAACAUAAAUCAGUAUUAAUUUAGUAUAAAUUUUACAUUAUCUUUCAGAGCUCUAAAUGAACUUCCAUGGGUUUGGUAUCAAAUUCAUUGUGCUUGAAUCAUCAUAACGAUCAGCUUUACAUUCAACAACCAACUGUAGGAAAGAACAAACUAAUUCCCAGUGGAGGAAGAAAUCAGGAAGAAGCACUGGAAGUGGAUGGUGCACACAUUGAGGAAAGCACCGAACUACGUAACAAGACAAGCCCUCACAUGGAAUCCUGUAGGCCAAAGGAAAAGAGGAAGACCAACGAACACAUUACGCCGGGAAAUGGAGAUAGACAUGAGAAAAAUGAACAAGAAUUGGAUGCAAUUAGAAAAGAAGGCCCAGGACAGAGUGGGUUGGAGAAUACUGGUCAGCGGCCUAUACUCCAUUAGGAGCAACAGGCGUAAGUAUGUAUAUAUAAUGAGGCUUUUUAUGUUAUAAAAAAGAAAAGAAAGUGUACCAUUUGAAUUUCAUCAUCUUUUUUUUUUCUCUAAUAAUUUAACAUUACGGUCUAAAGUUUUAACUUGAAAUAAAAAAUCAGUGGGAGAUAUAGUGAAUUUAAAGUCAUGGCAGUAGAAUUCAAAACGCAAGUUUCAUUCAGCUCGUUAUACC